UAUCUCGCUGCCAGAGAGUCGUGCUGAUAAGGAGCUUGAAAAGGGAGAAGGGCUACAGAGGAACCGUGGCACUGUGACAGCUCGGUGUACGCACGCACGAUUGCUCCCCAAGUAAUCUCUCGAUGCCUUGCACUGAAACUAUGUGCCUGGCAUCUGCCUGCACGUGUCCAGCUGUCGGUGCUGUGCUUUCUCUGUUCAUGAACUGCUCGCAGGAAAGUGAGCUCUCCCUCCCGACCCAGAGCUCUGCAAACUGCCCUCCUCCCCCCCUCGGCCAGAGGCAGGCUCCGGGCGCCUUUCCCCCUCCCCGACGAGCCCAUCCCGGGCUCGGGGGCUCUGGGGGGCUGCCUGUGGGGGUCCCUCCGGCCCCAGGGGCUGGGGUCCCGCCGCUCCCUCUCCUCCGAGGCUCUCCCCGUCUUUUAGCUGCGCCUCCCCGGAGCAAAUCGCUUUCCAGACGUGUCCCUGAUGUCAGCGCGCUAAGCCCAAGCCCCAAUCUGCUCCGAGAGAUGCUGAUCGGCUUACGGGCCGGGAGUUUGCUCGCCGCCCUUCCUAAACCCCAGACCUGCCUCCCAAACCCCUCUCCCCACCCUCCCGGACCCGGAGGGAUCCCCUCAGCGGCAUGGCCCGGCCCGGGGGCGGCCGGCGGGCAGGGGGCGACGAGACCCCCCCCAGGCUCCGGGACGCCUAGACGGCGUGCCGGGGUGCCGGUGUCAGGGGUGUCGGCGACAGGGCUGUCGGUGACAGGGCUGUCGACAUGGUGCUGCUGUCGGGGGCCGGGGGGCAGCUGGCCGGGGAGCGGGUCUGCCCCGCUCCGGGCUCCGGCAAGGAGCUGCCCGAGGCGGAGAGCGGCCCCGAGCAGGGGGCGGAGGGGGCUGCCGGCCAGGGGCAGGGCGACGAGGAGGAGGAGGGGGAGGAAGAGGAAGAAGAAGAGGACUGCGAGGAGUACGAGGAUUUCUCCGAGCUGCCCGACACCUGCAGCAUCGCCUCGGACGACUCCUUCUACCCGCCGGGGGGGCUGGAGGACGAGGCGGAGGACGGCUGGUCCCUGCAGCAAGGCGACGGCGACAGCCCCGAGGCGCUGAGCCUCUUCCGAGCCUGCUGCACCAACAACGCCGUGGUGCUCCGGGCACUCAUCCGGCAGGGCCCCGAGGAGGAGGAGGUGCGGGAGACCGACCGCAACCGCCGGAAUGGUCUUAUCGUUGCCUGUUACCAGGGGUAUGUGGAUAUUGUAAUAGCCUUAUCACAAUGCCCUCACCUUGAUGUGAACUGGCAGGACAACGAGGGGAACACGGCCCUCAUCACAGCUGCGCAGGCAGGGCACAUAACCAUUACAAACUACUUGCUGAACUAUUUUCCCGGGCUUGACAUUGAGAAGAGGAACGUGUUCGGAUUCACAGCACUGAUGAAAUCUGCAAUGCAGGGACGAACAGAAUGUGUGAAAGCCUUGAUGUUGGCAGGGGCAAAUGUUCACUCGACUGACCCAAGCCGUGGGCUGACUUCGUGGGAAUGGGCUUGUUAUACGGGAAGGUCAGAAUCUGCCUUCAUCAUGCAAAAGCUGAUGGAUAGACCAUGCCCAGAACAGUUAUGUGAUCAAUACAAACCAGAAUGGCCAAAGAUGAAGGAACUCCUUGCCAAGGCUGCGGAGCCAAAGACCUGUUUGCAGAGGAUUUCUGAGUGCAUGAGAUCAGCUGUCUCAUUCCGGGUUUUCCAUGGUCCAGAAGAAGACGGGGUCCUUGAUCACAUGGUGAAGGUGACCACAAGCUUAGGCAGCCCAUUCAUUGCUCUGUCAUGCAGGACUGUGUGCCCAGGAAGCCCACCUGCUGUGGGAAAACGCAGACUGGCUGUGCAGGAAAUCCUUAGGAAGCAGAGAGCCGAGGAGAUCCGAUCCCUGGACAAAGACCACGUUAGCAGCUAUGAGAAAUUAUUUCAGAACUCCAAAAUCACAUUGAUCCCCAAGAAGAAGGACCGGCGAGCCAGUCUGCAGCCUGUAAGCCUUGCAGUGUCUCAAGUGAACACUAUAGCCACCAGGAAAACAAGCCUCUUGCCGCUCCACCUGCUCAGACGGAGCAGCGUGAGACCAGGAUUUGUCAUCCCCAAAGUCCGUAUCAGCAAGGCUCCUCCGCCCACCUUCCAGCCAGAAAAGGCAAGAAGGAGGAGCAGUGCUAAAGACGACCCCUAUUUGCAGAUUCCUAAAUGGAGGUACAAGGAGCUAAAAGAGGAGCGGAAGAAGGCAGAGGAACUGGAGAAGAAAAGAGCCGAAGAGGCUCAAAAACAGAGGCAGGUGUCUCCUGCCAGAUCCAGGACCUGAUUUAACGGCAGUGAGGAAGGUUUGAGAGCCAUUAGUCUUGUUAUCUGAGCAAGAUAGCAGACUGCGUGCCAUCAUGCAUGCCUGCUGUUGCUGGAGCUGGAAUACUGAGCGAUGGCCUUUACAGUGCAUAAACAGGGCAAGGGCUAUGCCCCGGCGUGUCUGAUCAUGGACGUGAAGGUACUUUGGGGUGGGAGACAGAAAAGUUUACCUGUCUGCUCCUGAUAGGAAGCUUAAGAGGUGCCGUCCUUUUAUGGUUUCCUUUUUUCCAGUUCCAGGUGAAUGACAGAGGAGCAGCUUGAAAAACAACAUGUGUGAAAGGAUCAUAUUUUGCAUUUGUUCGUUUUGCAAUGGUCAAAAUUAAGGAGUUGUGCUUUUGACAUUAGAUGUUUUUCCUCUCCUUAUAUAGGUAGACAUAUUUUAAAGUUUUAUAGUAAUAAGGAAGAGUUUAAAAUACACCACAGAGUCUCAGUGGGCAGUGAAAAUCCAAUCCUAUAAUUGUUUUGAAUAUACCAAGCACUUUAUAUUAUAUUAAUACAGUAAUCAAAGUUUAAGACAGUCUAGGUAUUAAACUGUACAGCCCUAUGUGGUCUGUAUGGAUACAAUUCUUAAUGAUAUUGUUUUGUUGAGUAUAAAAAAGGGCUGUAUGUGAAAUAUUUCUAUAGUUGAGGUAUUUGCAUCCUCUGCAGAUAUAAAUCAGGGGCAAGGACUGAUUUCUUCGGAGCAACAGAGAAGCUGAACUAAUUUUUGUAUGCCACAGUCACCUAACAUUUGCCUCCCCCAUUAAGUUUCCCUGAAUCCACCAUCUGUUGUCUCCUCUUCAGUCUCAGGGAUUUCUUUGUCUUUGCAUUUAACUGUGAAAUGAGGGAGAUGGUGAACCACAGGUGGGCUUUUUUUUUCUUUAUAUUUAAAUUCCUAUUUAAAAAAUAAAACAAAACCACUAGGCUUAUUGUGAGUGUCUACUUUAGGACCUUUUUGCAUUAUAGCCAGGACAGAAUAAUGAUGCAACUUCUGGAAAUUCAAGCAAUUUUCCGAGCUAUCAAGUCUAGCCAUAUGCUAUGAAAAUCCAGUCAGUAUCAGGCAGCUCAGCCACUGAUGUUUGGAAACCAUGGCCGGAUUCAUUGUGAGCUUUGAUAUUAUGCACCUGGGUGCCCACAGAGGGCAGGACACUACUCCCCUUUCUCAACACUGGAAGAAAACACUUCUUGGCACUGAAGGUAAAGCAGGAAUGGACCAUGAUGGUCCACAGUAAAAGACUGCCACAUCAGACAUCCUGUCCCAGACCCUGAAGCCCACUGGAUAUGUGGGGACACACUGUCCUCAAGACUGUGAAAGCCAUUCCCCCAUACCCAGAUGUGAUCUAAAUUGUUGGGUUGGCCAGAACAGCACACUGUGCUUAUGGAAACACAUCGUCUAAACUUGCUGCUUAGUUUAAAAUAAAUAAAUAAAUAAAGCACAUUCAUAACGGUGGAGUUCAAAAGCAAAAAGCAGAUGCUACAGUAAAUGGCCAUAUUUUUGCUCAGGCUUUGCUCCUGUUUGAUAAGAAAUGGGCCGUGGUGUGCUCUUCUCAUGGGGUUGCUCUGCUGGAGCCCAGGCUGACCACAGCUGCUGCUCUGACCAGCUUCUUCCAACAAUUAAAUAAGAGAAGACAUUUACACCCUUCACUCCCACAGCACAAAGGCUGGCCAGAGUCUCAAUGAACGUGUAAAGAAACUGUACGUGUCAUGGCAGAAAAAAAUUCAAUCGAUUGCAAACUGGUGCCCAGGCAGGUGUUGCCAGCUAGCAGGGCUGGGGUCAGGUCUCCACAGAGGUUACAGCAGACUCGUGAAACAAGGAUUUUCCACAGACCCUGUUCUUUGUACAUCUUGCUGGAAUAGCUGUGCAGGCUAGUCUGCUUUACCAGAUAGCCCUCCAGCCCAGGGCUGAUGGAAUAAGCAUCCUGCUAAUCAACCUCUCCAGCACUAUGAAUAUAAAGAGGAUUUUGGUCUGCAACUGCAUCAGGUCUGUGCAAUUCACAGGCACUAAUGUUGUAAUGGGUUUUCUGUGACUGGAAUAUAAGGUAGAAGCUGAAGUCAUUUCUCUGGAGGGUAAGAAGAUGCCCUUUUAGCCAUCGGUGGCAGAGAUGUCAGGAUGGAUUUUGAUGUGGUACACCGUGUUGAGUGGUUUAACUACUAAUUUCUGCUUACUGCCAGCCCAGUGUACUUAAGAGUUAGCAUUCGGAUUCAGUGUCAGAAAGCAACCUGUGCUGCAGGGGAAUUUGCACUCUCAGGACCACUUGCAGGGGACACGCACUUGCCAGGUGCUCUCAGGGAUUACCAUACGGUGUGUUAGAUACAGGGGCUGAAAAUGAAGCCUGUUUUCUAACCCUUUGUACUUCACUGUGUAAAUGUGUAUAAAUACAUGGUGUUUCCAUUAAAAGAGGCACAAGCUGUUGAACUUA